CCCUCCUUGGGCGCUGUGGUGGGGAGUUAGUGAGUCUGCUCUCCAAACGAGGCUGGCUUUUUAGACCGUCGCCUAAAGCGCCUUCGAAAUUCACCCCGAAACCGUAUUUUGAGUGCAGGGGAGGAUGUUUUAGGACCCCAAGCAAUCUAUUCACGAAUAUUCUUUGUGACCGUCGCACUGAGUUUCCUCACCUGGAGACCCACGGCACAGGGAAACUUAUGCCGGAGGCUCCUCUCCGGGACAGGAAGGCGAGGAUGGGGGUGCAGGCACCCCGGCCCACCGCCCGCUCUGGAUUCCCCGGGCCCACCGGGCGGACGUUCUCGCGCUCGGGCCCAGCCUGGGGAACCGCUCCGGGGCCCGCGCUCCGCCCGAGGAGCCGGGCCUCUCCCUCCGACUCCGACUUCGCCGCUCCCGCCACCCCGCCGGCCGUGCGCGCUCUCGGCGCUCCGGAGACACCCGUCCCGGAGGUUCCCGGCGCGGCCCGGGGACCCUCGCUGGAUCCUGGAGGCACCGCCGCCGGGCGGGCGCAGCGAGCGGCUCCCAGGCCCCGGCCUCCGCCCCUCCUCCCGGGGAUCCCCUUUCGCCAACACCCGCCGGGCCCGCAGGACCCUCCCCUCCGGAGGCCGGGCCUCGUCCGCCCGCCGGCCCGCCCCGCUCGCCGCGCCGGGGGACCCCGCGCCCGACCCUCCCCCCGGACGCCCGGCCCCGAGCGGGACGGAGGCGGCGAUGGUGACUGGGCGGCGGCGGGGGGCGGGGGCGCGGGCAGGCCGGCGCGGCGGGUGCUCCCCCUCUCCGCCCCCGCCCCUCGGCGCCCUCCCCGCGCGCUAGCCCUGUGGCCGCGGCCCGCGCUCGCCCCUCCUCCCCCACCCGGGACCCUCUCCCUCCCCGCCGCCCCCUCCCCUCGCCGCCUCCUCCCUCCCUCUCUCCUCCUCCUCCUCCCUCCCGGCGGCCGGCGGGCCAGAGACGAGGUGGCUGCAGCAGGCGUCGCGGGAAGCCCCGGCUUGGGGAGGCUGCGGGCGCGGAGCCGGUAAACUGGGAAGCAGACUCUUGAGUUCACAGCUGGCCUGUGGGUUUUGCAUCUCGUUAAGGAGCACCUCAUCAUACAGGUGGCAUUUUUCUGAAGUUGUUCAUUGGGACUUCCCAGCAUUCCUGCAGAUAUAAAAGGUGAGGCUGGCGCCCGGGACGGACAUGGCAGCAUGACAGCCCGCGACGGCCGGGUGAAGGGAGCCCGCGGCUGCGGGAGGGAACGCGCGGGGCAGCCACGUUCCUCCGAGGCCGCCUGAGCCGCCAUCCCCAUCGGCUUGCUGUGAUUAUUAACCCCGUGGACGCCUGACUCUUUCUCCGUCUUGAGCAUCAAUAUGUGUCAUGUCAUUGUCACCUGUCGCUCGAUGCUCUGGACCCUCCUGAGUAUUGUGGUGGCCUUCGCGGAGCUCAUUGCCUUCAUGAGCGCCGACUGGCUGAUUGGAAAAGCCAAGACUCCGGGCAGCGCUGAGCCGGCCGAGCAGGGCUCCCCGGGGCCCCACCACCCGACCCUGGGCAUCUACGCGCGCUGCAUCCGCAACCCCGGGGUGCAGCAUGUCCCGCGGGAGACGCUGUGCGGGCCCUACGCCGAGAGCUUCGGCGAGAUUGCCAGCGGCUUCUGGCAGGCCACCGCUAUCUUCUUGGCCACGGGCAUCUUCAUCCUCUGCAUGGUGGCCUUGGUGUCCGUCUUCACUAUGUGUGUGCAGAGCAUCAUGAAGAAAAGUAUUUUCAACGUCUGCGGGCUGUUGCAAGGAAUUGCAGGCCUGUUCCUCAUCCUCGGGCUGAUUCUCUACCCCGCGGGCUGGGGCUGCCAGAAGGCCAUAAGCUACUGCGGACACUAUGCGUCGGCCUACAAACCUGGAGACUGCUCCCUGGGCUGGGCCUUCUACACUGCCAUCGGCGGCACAGUCCUCACCUUCAUCUGUGCCGUCUUCUCCGCACAGGCAGAAAUUGCAACCUCCAGUGACAAAGUACAGGAAGAGAUCGAAGAGGGGAAAAACCUUAUCUGCCUCCUUUAGCUGGAAGAGACAUUAAUGCCAUCUUCUUCCUUGUGUGACCUUGUGAAACAGUCCACCUCGGGCUUCGUCGUCUGAGUCAAGUGAAGAGCUCGCCUUUACCCACCAGAGCCACGUUCCACAGCCCCGAGCCUUAACAGGACCCAUGCGAGGCAUCCUCCAGCUGCGCACAGGGCCUGCACUGAGGGCCGCAGUGCAAACGAUCAGAGAUGGAACAUGAAAACAGUACAGAAACCCUGACAUACAGUUGACAAACUCGGUCAGACUCCAUCUCCCCCAGGGCUCAAUGAAGGAUAAUGAUCGAAAGCAUUAAAGCAGCAGUUUCUCUGGUAACAGAAGAGACUGUCAGCCAGAUUUGCAGGCUGUAUUGAGAUGCGUUUCUGCCACAAGCUUGCACGCCUGUGAGCAUCUCUGCCUCAGAAUGAGGUUUUCGGUUUGGUGUUUUUGUUUCCUCCUAGUUCUUUCACGUUCUCAGUCGGAGACUGCGAUGCCACCUCCAGGCUUCCUGGGGGUGGGAUGUGUGCUAAAGGGCGGAGCAAGACACUGUCUCCUGCUCAGCUGCCGAAAGGGGUCGGCAGGCACAGUGUGCAGUCCUGUUGUGGAACUUAUUCUGGGCUGAAUUCCAAGGUAAGGGGGAUCAAUUGAACUGUCACUCCAAGAUUUUAGAAAUUUGAGUAAAGAAAGAAUAAGGAUCUGUACAAUCAUGAGAAUAAAAGUACAAAAUUCUGCUACGGAAGACAAAUUCAUUCCACUUCCCAGCAGCCAAGCCAGCACCGGUCCUGGCCCAGUCUCCCCUUCCACCGGAGGUCACGUAUUCCUCUCCUAGGGUUAGGAGCGUGCUUUGACUGCCAAAGGAAACCUCACUGUUGCCUCAUUCCAGGGACAGAGGUCGCCAAGCCAGCUGCGGCUCAGUCACACGUUCACUGGGAGGACGGGCCAGAACCUCAGCACUUGCGAGGAGACCUCUUCCCGCUGCUUGGUAACCACGCUGCAGUCGGCUGCACUUCCAGCCCCAGCAGCAGCAGGAUGGCAUUCUUUGCAGAAAAAAAGGAGCUGGUCAUGGGAGUGAAGUUUUUCUAGUUACUGGCGGUGAUCCUGAAAGCAGGCUGAAGUAACAUUAGAUGCUGCAAGCAGUGAGCUGCAGCAGAGGCGUCGUUCCCAGGAAAUCAAAGCAGACAGUUAAUGCAAGGACGAGAGCUACACCAUGCUCAUGGCACCUGCCAACAGCUGUCUACAAAAGGAACUGACUACCACUAUUAAAAAGGAUUCAGGGGCUUUUAAGCUAGUUUCUAUAAAUUACCAAUAUAAAUGAUUCAGGAAAAUAUUAGCCAACACCUCAAAUUUACUCUGGAAUGAUCUAAGCGGCCAGAAAAGGACCUAGUCUGGUGUUACCCUGAGCUUCAGAAUUGCAGAAUGAUCCAGAAACACUCCUUAGCAACUCAAGCAAGUGGAGUGGACCUGCCAGAUUUCUGGAUGGAUUAAAAGUAUAGGUCUCCUUGGGUUUAUGAAUCUCCUCACUUGAGGGCUGGCUUUGUUUUGAAAAUUUAACAAAUAAUUACUACGCACCUUCUUUGGGCAAGGUGUUGCAUGCUAAGUGCCUGCAGGCAUAAGACCCUGCUCCGGAUGUAACAGCCUUGCCCUGGGGAAUCAUUUUAAAGCUGUGUGAGUCUCAGACCAUGCCUUGGUGCAGAACAAAUAAGUGCUUUUUGUAGAUAGAAUGGAGCAACUAAACUUUCAUUUCAGUCUGGCCUUUGGCCUGUGCCAGAAACCAUCUUAUCUCACAGAUUAAGAGUGAAGGGCAGGAAGGGGAGGAGUGUGGAACUAGGCCUUAAUGAGUUCACCAUGCUUAGGCCAAAGUUCAGAAUAAGCGAAAUGUCAAUCCUGUGGGUUUUUUUGAAAAGAGGAGGUAAAUAUGUAUCCUCUUAGCAGCCUACAGUAAGGGCUCAGGAAACAUUAACCCCAUCUCUCACGUCACACAGAGACAGGCGACGGCAGCCGCUGGACAGGGCUCCCGCACCGACUGUGCAUUUACAUGCCCUGACCAAGUCCUCAUGCCACCACAGUGACUACUUUUCAAACCUUGGCGAUAAUUUUCAUUUUAAAAAAAAGCAAUUCCCUUCAUCAGGCAAAUAAUCCUGAUAAAGACAAAUUGUUUCCUUAAAACUUAUCAGAAGAUUUACUCUACUUUUUUUCAGUAGAAGAUAGAGAACCCAUUUUCUAACACUAAUUUUACACUCUCGCUUUCCUUACAGACAAGUCAUAAGCCCAAAGGAGCCUGUGAGCAUGUCCCCCUUCUCUACUGCCUCACGCUCAGUGGCUACGGUGGUGGCAUAGCCCUAGCUCACCCUGACAAAAGUCACAGGUGAGAACAUGACCUCCCUUGGCCAGAAGAAAGUCACUAGACAGUGUUACUUCAUUAGUCUGAAUGCUGCAGAAGACAAAAAGCACAUGCACACGCACAAAACCCCAAAGCACUAGAAAUGACUGAACGCUGCGUGGGUAAGCAGAGCAGAGACCGUGUGAAACGUGAUGUGGGCCUUGUAAGCCCUGAGUCCGUGAGCCAGGCUUUGGUCGGGAUGAAUGGAACAUCCAGAAUCACGCUAGUCUAGACCCAAACUGCACAGCUGUUUAGAAACCACUGAAUAUGAGGAAUGUGUUAGAAAUAUGAUAAAAACACUUAGACUGAUUGUUGCCCCAUAACUAUUGUUCUAAUAAAUUCCGAUCAGUCAGCUAAUUGCCCCAGUCUAAAAAGUCUAAUAUACCUGGGCCAUUCUUACUACCAGAAAAGUCUUAUUUAUUUUUGCUUGCGUUUGCGCUUCAAGUUUGGUGAUGGGCUGGGCUUCUCAGCGAACUCUGUAAGGCGGAAAUCUUUGCCCGGGAUUCUGUGGACUCUUUAAACCUGUGUGCUGAUCCGACAAUGUUACAUUAACUGUGUGAGGGUUUUUGUAUAGUUUUCAAACCUCUGUGGUGUAAUGAUCUUUGUUAAACAUGUAUUCUGUAAAGUGCCAUAGUCUUUUUUUUAUGUGUAGCAUAUUUAAAGAAUAUAUCUGUAUAUUCUCCAUACACGAGUCUGUGUGAAAGACGUGCAAUAACAAAGGUGUGUGUAUGUUUUGUUCUUUGGAAACUGGACAGGAGUCAGAACUGGGAUCGUUUCUGUUUUGGCAAAGGAGAGUUCAACAUGUUUGCCUUCAUGGCUUAGUCAUUAACCCAUGACAAUUUUAAUGCUACACAAUCCUAUGUGAAGAAAAGACUGGUAUGAAAUCCUUUUGUCCUGGGUCUAGAUUAAAAUAAUCGCUAGUUUUAUGUGAAGGGUAAGCCAGCAGGCAGGCCCAGUUAAUGCUAGUCUUUCAUGUGAAAUGUGAAGCUGCCACGUUGCCUUUUCUGUUAGUGUGAUCAUUAGUAGCUGGUACAUAAUCACUAAGGAGCUAUUUCUUAACAUGCUUUGAUAGACCAUGUUAAUGCUACACCACUGUUGAAGGGCUAAUCUCACACCUUCUUCGCCAUAAGAGUCUGGCUUAGAACAGACCUCUCUGUGCAAUAACAUAUGGCCACUGGAAACCCCUGGCCUGCAUUUGUACUUGGGCAGCGAUGACUCCCCAGGGCCAAAAGAGUUAAAGGCGCGACUGGGAUUUCUUCUGAGACUGUGGUGAAACUCCUUCCAAGGCUGGGGGUCAUUAGGUGCUUUGGAGGAACUCAGCACCACCUGAUGUUCAACAGCCACUUGAGCCAAAUGUACAAUUGGAUUUACCGCUGAUGGACUCAAUUGGAGCCUUCACAUUUGUGGUUCUCCUGUUAUACUGUAAACUAAUACAUUGUUUGUCUAGCAGUGAUUAGGUUCCUGUGCAUAUGUAUUUUCACGAUGUCUUCCCCUUCCCAGAUCUGAAUUAAACCAGAUUUUGCAAACUCA